CCUUCAGCGAGCCCUCCGAGGCGCCAGUUCCGCUGUCGGGAGGACAUGAAGUGACGGAGAGCGGGAGAAAGGGGCUUUUUCCGAGCGCGGCGUGCUCCGCUCAAACCCAACAUGGCGCUGCUGCGAGGUACGGCCGAGCUGAAUUAAUUUCUCCGCGAAUCCGCCGACCUCGCCACCUGUAUCCUUCGGGGGGGCCCGGGCCGAGCGGCGCACUGCCCUCCUGACUUAAAGGACCUCGCCGGGAUUCCUCCUGUGGAUUUCUCUUUAUCCUGCUUUUUUUUUUUCUUUCUUUCUGCGCAGGAUCUUUUUUGUUGCUUUAUGGAAACCCAAGUGACAUUUUCAACAAAAAGUCCGCUUCAGAUGUAGAGUAAUGGAAGAGACUUUUGUCUAGACAAUAAGAACAGAGACCAAGAGCUUUAGGCUCGAGACUUGGGUUUGUUUUGUGACAAGUGGAUAACCUGUUAGACACUUUUAGUUGUUUUUCUCUUUGGCCGGGAUCGUCUGUCUCCAGCAGACAGGACCGUAACCGGGCUCGUCUACGUGCGCACGGAUCGCUCCCCUUCUAGAUAACUUGGCAAAACAGGAAAAAGGCGUGAGUUGUGGCACUCGGACUCCAGCUGGAACUUGCACCAAUUAAUCAGGGCAACAUCUGUUCGUGAUGUCGAUGCUGAGGCACAAACCAACCUGGAACUAAGACAAGGGAACCACGUCACACAAACCAUGGUGGAUGCAAGGUUGACGCCCCUUGCAGCGAUGGGGCUGGACCGAGGCACUUUGAUUCACGAUGGUCUUCGUCUCCACGGUGGAGUCGUGUAUCCAGGGAUCAGACCACUACCGACAGAGAAGAGCAGAGAGACGUCUGCUCUUCCUCUGACCUACAACAGGGAUGGCCUCCCAGAGCUCAUCUACAAGCCGGACGGCACUCUGGACAGUCGUAAGCCCACGAAUGGAUACCUGGGCCUUUACAAAGGCGCUCAUCCAAGCCUGCACAAGCCUGUGCUGGUUUCUGGAGCAGGAGCUGAAAGUCUGGGCUUGGAACGUAGAGUAGGGCCUGGAGAGAAAGCAUCUGAAUUGGGCUUGGCAAGUGCUGGUGGCAGUUACCUCCGCAUGCCGUGGCUCAGCCCGUACCCCGAAGCAAGCAUGUAUUCCUUCAUGGACACGUCCAAGUACGCAGCUCUAAACAUGUACAAAGCGUCCUUGCUCAGCCAGCCCAACCCAUAUCUUCCCCAGCACCUGGCCUACCCUCUGUGUGCAGCCCAGGGGGGCAGUGUUACUCCGGCUGCCUCUGCUGCUGAGAGGCUCUAUUAUAUGCCUCCCUAUCCCCCUUCUCCCAUCUCCUCUCCCCUGGUGGCACCCCCUAUGAGGAUUCCUGCUGUCACGGUGGCCCCCACUCUGGUUCACUGCCAAGACAAAGGGCUUGGGGUUGCGUCCCCUUUUGGACAGCAGCUUCACCAGCCUUCCCCUCACUCUCAGCACCAUCAGGCUGCUAUAGAGAGGGACCGUUCUCCCAACAGGAGCAGCAGACCAAGCAGACCUCCCUCCAGGAAGAGCUCUAGCAACAACAAUAACAGUAAUAGUACAAACACUAGUGGCACCAGUGGAGGGAAUAAUAAUCGUCUGCCUGCUGAUUCUUCCUCCCAUGUGUCUUCUCGCCUCACCCAACCUCCCCUUCCCUCUGCACUUCAUGAGAAUUCGCUGGAUUUACAACGGCCAGUUGCGAGGAUAGGACAGCCUUCCACCUCUUCCACCUCUUCAGUAUCUGCCUCAUCUUCAUCCACGCAGUCCAUUCCUCAUCCUUUCUCUGUUAGCAGCAUGGCGUCAGAGCAGCCCUCCCCUGCCCGACCCAGCCCCCACAAACCUAGGCCAGGAGAGGGCGCCACUGAGCACAGGAGUGGGAGUGAGAAAAGAUCUAGCAGGUCUCCCUCCAAAGUAAACUUUGAGAGGUCAACACACCAACCUCAAGCAACCAAAGACUCUGCAGAGAAGCCCUUGGAUUUGUCUGGAAGAAUACUUGAGUAUGGGCUGCCUCCCAAUGGAUUUCCCGUUAAGAUGGACACUAUUAGCUCCGGCGCCCGUUAUGGAGUCCCCUCUAGCAGAGAACUCCUUAAAGAAAACCUGCCGCUCUCUCCUUCCUCCCAUCCACAUUCGGUGGUCAGCAGCACUUCUUCAAAGGUCUCAGAAAGGCCAGAGAUGAUCAGCACUUUACACUCCUCCUGGGUCGUACCUAGUCCAUCUCCUUCCCACACACAGCACACGUCAGGCUUGCCCUCUUCUCCGAGGCCUAACACGGACUUGAGCCUCUCACAAACGAAGGGCUCGUCACCCUCCGUUAAAAACAAGAGUCUCGAGAGAGUACUUCCUCAGCAACGUAGUUCAUCCUGUCCAAGAAUGGGAGACUCCAACCAUAAUGCUUCUUCAACUCAGCACUCUGGCUCGUCUGUGAUUAACUCCAGGGCUCUUUCGCCUAAACCUAAUGGUGACUGGGUGAAACACAGCCCGGGCCAGUCAGAUCACCCGUCAGUCGUGGGCCACCACAGAGAGGGGACUGAAAAGCCCUCCCAGGCCACCAAGAGGGGGGAUGUGACUCCAGAUUUGUCGUCAUACAAAAGGCCCUGUUUAGAGAAUGGUCACCCCCCUGGCCACCUUUACCUUCCUCAAAGUGACGCUUUUCUGAACCACAGCUUGGCCUACGCCAACAGAUACCUGCACUACCCUAUCCCUGAUGGAAUGGCACUACACUCUGUGCCAAUUACUGGAAAGAGCCCGGUCUACCCUCACCCAGUCUUGCUGGGCAGCAACAGCCUUUAUCCAACCCACUUGGCAGCAAAACACCCUUUACCGUAUCACAACCUCCCAACAGGAGGCGAAUACCUCACCUAUAACUCGCAGGAGAUGGCCCACCCUUUGAUGCAGACACACUCUGACAGCAAGCUGCCAGACAGAGCAGAUGCACCGCUGAAGCUCCGGGGACAGGAGAAAUCUCGAGGAGCCGCUGAAGAGUGUGGGAGCCAUCGAGAUCACAGCGUUGUGAAAGAAGCAGGCGAAGGAAACCAAAUGAAGCCCGACAGGGAAGUGGGAGCACAAGGACAGGGUAGCAGUCAAAGCAAAACCCCCUCUUCCUCUGCACCAUCCAGAGAAAAGAUUGUGUGCAUUGACCUUGUACACUCAGACACAGAUAUUGAGUCUACCCCUUCAGUCCAAAACCAGCCCUCUGCUGAGACCAGCAUGAAGGUUAACCAAAAUGAAUGUUGUCAUAGUAACCAAAAUUUGACAAAGACUGACUAUGAGCCAAAACACCAACACCACUUUUCUCAUUCUUAUCCGCUCCACUCCGGACAAAGUCCCAACCUAAAAGCCAGCCACGCUGACAGACAACCAGAAAAUCCCUUUAGUAAAACAAAGGCUAUCCAGGACAGCGACUGUCCUGGGGUGACAUCCAGCACUCCCCCAACCUCUCCGGGGUUGGUGGAUCACGCCGAGGAGAGUGCAGAGGAGCAGAGCCCCAGCCCAGACCCCGGAGACCAAGACCAGAGUACCUUACGCUGUGCUCGCACGUCCGGGGAGCGCAGCUCUGGUAAGGACAAAGGGGACAGGAACAGCCGGGCUCCUCAUUUUACACAGCACUCUGCAGAUGUGGUGAGGGAGUUGGACCAGGAGAAUGCCAGUGAAAGGGAGACUGAAAAGGAAGACAGCAUUGUCGACCUAGGGGAGUCUCACGGAGAAGGGGAUGAGGAAGAAGAGGAAGGUUGCCACACUUCAUCUAAAAGUUCUCGUAGAUCCAGUCUGGCCAAAAGGAUCGCAAACUCCUCAGGCUACGUUGGAGACCGCUUUAAAUGUGUCACCACUGAGCUGUAUGCUGACUCCAGCAAGCUGAGCCGUGAACAGAGAGCUCUGCAGAUGGAAGUCAUAUCACGAGAGGGGAGUAAUAUAAGUCAACCUGCAGCUAACUGGGAGCGGGCAAUGAUGCGGUUCUCGGAGCUGGAGCUGAAGGAGAAGGAGGGCGGCGGUGUGUGUGUGUCUGCCUCGGCAGCGGCAGCAGGACGGGAGCUGGCAGACGGCCAGCGCAGAGAGCGAGCGCUGGAGAACUGCCAACACACCACCAGGCAGGGAGAGAGGGAGGGUGUCCGGCCGCCGUACACCAACAACAGGGUUCCAGUCCUCCAGCGGUGCGGGGGCCACAGGCAGCCUUUGUCUCCGGGUCACGGGGCGCAGGACGGGGCCAGAGGCGCCGGCCAGGGAGGGCUCAAGGACGGAGCCCGGAAGGCGACGAGGGAGUCUGAAGGUCACUGCCUGCCCCCCACGCUGACGCCGUCAAAGGGGUACAGUGAGGAGCGGGGCAGCCCCGGCUUCGGCCCCGCCAGGAAACGCCCACUGGGCUCCAGGGCCGGCGAGGAGGACGCAGAGAAGGAGGACGGAGAGUGGGCGUCCCAGCCGGAGAAGAGGGCCAAGCUUUCUACGGACGGGCAGACGAGCGGCGACGACGACGACGAGGAGGUGCGGAAGCUCAAGGUCUGCAUCGAGCUGAAGGGGCUGCGGCUCAGCAAACCCGCCGCCGGCGCCGCUUCUCCCGACGGCCCCCAGAUCAAGCAGGAGAGGCCGUGGCCUCAGCCCCGGCUCGUCACGCCGCUGCAGGCCGCACGGGAUCGCAAGAUCAGGGCCGGCGAACCCGAGGACAGAGCGGCGCUGCAGCGGGCCGAGAUCAACAGGAAAUGGGGCUGCGAGAAAUUGCUUAAUGGAGUAUCUGCCGCCUCCCUUCCCCCCAGCCAGCUGAAGGACAGAGCGCACCCGCCGAACCCCUUCUCAGGUGACCGUGGCCUCAAGGAGCCCAGAAGGGGCCCCCCUUCUCCGGCCCCCGAGCCGUCCGUGGGAGGCGCCCCUCCCCUCAAGCCCCGUCGCCAUAGUGACACGGACAAACCCAAGGGCAAGCGGCCGUGCAAGACCAAACACACCAGCCAGAGGGAGCGUGAGCGCGAGCGCGAGCGGGAGAGGAGGAAGGAGGCCACGCCUAGCAGCCCCGGCCGGCGCGGCGCGGCGGAUCCGGCAGCAGCUGAGGAUGACAAGCUGAGUGAGCAGCGCGGCGCUCCGAGGAAGCGAGCCGCCUCUCCUAAUCAUUAUCCCUGCUCUCCAGUCAAGCCCUGCUCCCCCACCGUGCUCUGCCCGCCCCCCCUGCUGCCCCAGGCCAACGGCAGAGCGGGCGCCGUUCCGCCAGAGGUGACGGGGUUGCACCGGACGCCCCCCGCCGAGCCCUCCGCCGUGCGCCCCAUCCCGCCGGAGGCUCGCCGGCUGAUCGUGAACAAGAACGCCGGCGAGACGCUGCUGCAGCGAGCGGCGCGGCUGGGCUACGAGGAGGUGGUGCUGUACUGUCUGGAGAACAGAGUGUGCGAGGUGAACCACCGGGACUACGCCGGGUACUGCGCCCUCCACGAGGCGUGCGCCCGCGGCUGGCUGAGCAUCGUCCAGCACCUGCUGGAUUACGGCGCCGACAUCAACUGCAGUGCGCAGGACGGCACCAGACCGAUCCACGACGCCGUGGAGAACGACCACCUGGACGUGGUGCGGGUGCUGCUGUCCUACGGCGCCGACCCCACGCUGGCCACGUACUCGGGCCGCGUCCUGCUGAAGAUGACCCACAGCGACAGCAUGGAGCGCUUCCUCACCGAUUAUUUUGCUGACCUUCAGGGCCGCUCGGAUGACGACCCGGGGCUUUAUUGGGAAUUCUAUGGCAGCUCUGUGUGUGAGUCCAGCGAGGAGGGCGGCGUCUACGACAUCCUGGCAGAUCCUCCGGGUCCCGAGGACGAGGAGGAGGAGGACGACAAGAGGGAGGUGUUCGAGUUUGAGUUCUCCGACCGACCUCUGCUGCCUUGCUACAACAUCCAGGUGUCCCUGUCUCAAGGGCCCAGGAACUGGCUGCUGCUGUCCGACGUGCUGCGCCGGCUGCGGAUGUCGCCGCGCGGCUUCCGGCAGACCUUCCCCCACAUGGAGGUGGUGACGGUGGCGGAGGCGGAGUUCUACCGCCAGGCGUCCCUGUCGCAGCUCUUCUCCUGCCCCGAGGAGCUGGAGGGCUUCCACCCCGACAGCAAGGAGCUGCUGGACCUGGUGGAGGACAGCGCCGAGCUGGCCGCGCUGCUGGGCUCCACGCUGGAGUGCCUGGACGACCGCUGGGACCAGCAGGGGGCGGGGCCGGGGCUCGACCGCCUCAAGGACAAAAUCAGGGCCGCCGGCAAGCUGGGCUCAUCCUGACCCCCUCUGACCCCCCCGCCCCCGCCCCCGCCCCCGCCCACUCACCCUGAAUCCUCACGGACUGCAGUUUGCUCUGGGAUCGAGCUCGGGUCGUGACGACCUGCCGGAGCUCGACCUUUAGCUCCAGACGGACCGACCUGCUGGCGGAAACAUUUCCCUCCGUUCCCGGAGGACGACUGGUGACUUAAUAAUGGUCUUAUUUUUAUAAAUUAAUAUAUGUAUAAAUAAAUAGACAAAUCUACAUAUAUAUAUAGAUAUAUAAAUAAAUCUAAAUAUAAGAUAUCUACAGUUUUUGGCUCACGACUUCGCUCUGUGAGUUUUUGUAUGGAAGCGGUGAGACGCGUGGAUCUGACGGAGUGUGUGAGCGCAUGUGUGUGUAUCUGUACAGAGGACCGGAGCCGUGCUAUUGAAUGUGUUAUUUGUGUUUAUAGGAAGCACACGAUGUCCCGUUUUGUUUGUUUGUUAUUUUCCCCCUCUUCCUCAGACUUUAGCGCUCGCUCGAGCCUCAGGGGCUGAUCGGUUGUGUUUCCGCUUCCUGUUUUCAGUCUGUAAAUUAACUUGCAAAAAAAACAAAAAACCAACAACAACAACAACAAAAAAAAAAAAAAAACCCACCAAAUUGUUUGUAUAAUAAAGUUUUAAGAUAAUGUUGAUAUUGACUCUCCGGCACAGAGCUUGUACAUAACAGGGAGGCUACUGCAGUAAAGUAAUUUUUGGUGUGUUCAUUUUCUUUUUGUUUUUUUGUUUUAACUUUGUAAUUAAAAUAUCUCAUAAUUUGUAUUUAUAUUUUACAAAAAGAAGUUGCUUUAAAAUAAAUAUACAAACUGCAAGA